AGCAUCUCUGCAGCCGCGCCACACCGCCGGUCGCCGGGGCGCUGUCCUCCAGCCGCGGUGCAGACUAAAGUUACGCGCAGCGCGCGCGCGCUGACCUGCGCGUGCUGCGGGAGGCUGCGCGUCUUGAGCGGCUGUGAGAGCGAAGCCUCGCAUCUCUUCUCUCUGCUCAUCAGUUGUUGCUGUCACCGCUCGGGCUGCCACAGGCGCACGCGGAACCGGACGGACGCCGAGGAUCGCAGAUGGACUGGAUUACACCUGAGAUGUGAAGUGUGUUAUGUGAGCCAAGGUGUUUUUCCCACCUCACUGGUGGUGGGGAGAGAUGCUGCACUCCGUUGCCAUGACAGCAGAAGUUCUUUUUGUUCUUGGGUUCCUGAUGAGCUCCACUCUUUGUAACCCUAUAGCGACCUUACCUGCGAGUCGAGAUCCUCUUGAAAGGGUUCUGACACAAGCCAGGGAAGACAAACAUGAGGAACAACAGGCGCCCGAGGAGCCACCAGAAAACACUGCACUGCAGCAGUUAGAGCAGAUCAGUGUUCUGGGCCCUAAUAGGACAGCUUUAAACACUGCCAAGCCAAACUUUAGCUCUCUAACAAGGGGAGGAUCUAAAGGAGGGAAAACCCCGGAGCUCUGGAGCGAGCAGGACAGCCUGAACCAAAUAGACGAGGGCCCCACCAGUGAUGUGACUCUUUCAUUGGACGCCAUUGACGAGUAUGCCUACCCAGACUAUAGGGGGAAAGGCUGCAUGGAUGAGAGCGGAUAUGUGUUUGCCAUCGGCGAGCAGUUCACACCGGGCCCUUCGACAUGCCCUUGCCUCUGCACAGAUGAGGGCCCUCUGUGCACUAAGCCAGAAUGUCCCAAGGUUCACCCUCGCUGCAUUAAAGUGGACACCAGCCAGUGCUGCCCGCUGUGCAGGGAGAAGAAGAACUACUGUGAGUUUCGGGGCAAAGUCUACGCCUCUCUGGAAGAAUUUAAGGUGUCUCCGUGUGAGAAGUGCCGGUGUGAGCCCAGUGGGGAGGUGCUGUGCUCUGUGUCAGCUUGUCCUCAGACUGAGUGCGUGGACCCCCAGUAUGAACCCAAUCAAUGCUGUCCCAUCUGCAAAAACGGACCAAACUGCUACGCAGACACAGAAGUGAUACCAGCCGGCAGAGAGGUGAAGAUUGACGAGUGCACGAUCUGCUACUGCACCUACGAGGAGGGGACGUGGCAGAUUGAACGCCAGGCUACCUGCAGUAAGAAUGACUGCCAGCAAAGCUAGAACACAGCACAGCAACAGGGGCAAAACCAGCACCCACACAUGUUCAAUGUCAGCAUUUACCCGGUCCACAGGAUAUCAGGAUGGGACAGUCGCCCUCGAGCUUUUCAAACUGUGGUCACUUCUGUAUUACAAAACAAAACUUUUUUGAACGUUUGUAAUCUUCACAGAAUAUCUAUUUAACUUUGUAUUAAAUUAUUUAUGAAUAUAUAAAAAAACUUAAGGGUAUGCUGAACUAGUGAGAACAUAUUUUUUAUAGCAUAUGUAUUUUAAUAUGUAUAGUUCUAGACCAUAGGUCAAAAAAAGCAACAGAAUGUAAAGAUCUCUGACACGCACUCCCGUCUUUAGCGGCGAAAGCCUCCACGUCUCCAAGCAGUUUUUCAGACAAAUCCUCUCCUCUACUCAGCACCAAAGUACACCCCUGCGUGUCACAGUGAUGGACACAACUGCUGUGUGUCAGUGGAAAACAAGGACAUGUGGAACUUUAAGAGAACUUGACUGUUUCCUGAAAAUGUCUCUGUCUUUUCUUCUUUACUGUGCUUCUUUUUGUAUUCCUUUCAAUACAGUGUGUUGAGGUUAUAAAACCAUGCCAAUCUGUGCUCUGUAAAUGUCCAAACAAAACUUUUUAUAGCUCAAUGUCUUAAUGUUGCUGGUGUUUUGCAUUUAUAAACUUAAACAAUAAAAAAUUUCCCACUUUCA